AUGCUCAAGAACAAAGACCCUCGACUGAUUUACGUACUUAAUGGAGACGCAAUCGAGAAUCCCCAUGUAGCCGAUCCAAAUGCGCAGCUGCGACACCUAAUGAAUUUGUACUGCCAAGUGAAGGUAGGCGGUGGAUACAAGUGCAGUGCCUGCAAUGAGGAGCACAACGACUUGAAUGGAAUACAACAACAUAUUCUGGGGCACGGUGAUUUCAAACUCUAUUUGUGCGUUUUUUGCCUCAAGGGUGCAAACACACUUCAGGAAAUGAAACGUCACACAGUAAUGCACACUGGUGAGGUUUGCAUGCAGCGUUCUUUGUUAAAAAGUCCUGAGGCCUCGGAGUCGCCUCCAUCUCCCAUUUCCAAAACUCGAGAACGAGGCUCCUCUGAAGAAGACUGCGUCAUAAAUCAUCGCUGCGUUAUCUGUGGCUUCACAAGUGAUCGCUUGGAUAUAGUGUUAGCUCACGCGGAAUACUUGCACCCAACUUGUAGAGGUGUGAUUAACGAGUUGCGUCUCCGACUAUUGCGUGCCGCAUUCGAUCCCAAGGGAUAUCGCUACGGUGGUGCUAACGAAGGGGAGAGCUCUUUUUCGUACCUUGAGAAUUGA